CUCAAAACCAGAAAUGCCGUUCAUGCACGGGUCCAUGCCGCUUCGGCGGACAUUCUUCUAUCUCCAGCAGGGAAAAGUGAAGCUUCGCGACAACGUCAACGUGUUCUCGAUGGGUUUUCAUAAAAAUCCGACGCCCGAGCAGUCUGGAGCACGAGAUUUCGUCUACUGGAACUGGGCGCAGCUUCAAUAUCACAAUCCAAAAGUUCAGCUCGUUAAGCAUGCCGAUAAAGUUGUGACGCCCUUUGCCAGAGCAUAUCUGAACGACGGCCGGGAAGUGCUAUUCGACUUGGACGGCAUGAAGCGCGAGGAAAUCGAGAAAUUAUUGGCGAAAACGCUAGGAAAAACGGAAUUAGUGGAGCGAAGAGAGCAUUUGGAGAGUAUUGCCAAGCUUAAUCCCGCCGAUUUCGGAUCCAAAAAUGAGCGACAGUGUAUGUGCGAAGUUCAAGGCCAACAUCCGUGCACGGGACUCCUGCGAGCACCGCAAUGUGUCACCGGAAAAUAUCGAUGGAAUCAUAAUCUCAUCUAAUUUAUAUCGAUUGAUUUUUGUGUAAAUUUCCUAUUUCCCCCUAUUUCUAGCUAGUUUUUGUGUCGAUCUUCCUUGUUUUUUGUUGAAAAAACGAUUUUUUUUUUC